AUGUCGGAGCUUAACGCACCACAGGAUACGAUUAUCCUUCCGCCAAAUCUUUAUUAUAAAGAAUACUGGCUAAAUACCAGCCUUCAGGAUUGGUAUGUUGAGUCGUUUGAUAUAUUUUGGAUCCAACAAAAUCCAACUCUUCAUCAAGGCAAGAUCGGGUCCAUACUUCGUUAG